AUGGUUAACGAGGGCCAUUCGAGUGCGCGUCGUCGAGGGGAGGCCUCUCGCCGCGCCUGCGUCUGGGUAAACACGGACCUCGCCCGCAUCUGCCUCCUGUGGAUGCUCAUCGCCCUCUACAUGCUGUUCGGAGCGGCCGUCUUCUCGGAGCUGGAGCGGUCCGGGGAGCUGAGGGCGCGGAGCCGCUGGGACGGGCAGGUGUCUGAGUUCGCCCAGGUGCACCAGGUGAGCCCGGGGGACCUCCGCACGCUGCUCAAGCAGUACGAGGAGGCCAACGCAGGCGGGGUGAGAGCAGACCCACGCAGACCCAGAUGGGACUUCUCUGGAUCCUUCUACUUCGUGGCCACGGUUGUCUCCACUAUAGGCUAUGGCAUGACAGCCCCCUGCACCAUGAGCGGCAAAAUCUUCCUCAUCCCUUACGGCCUGUUCGGCUGUGCGGCCACCAUCCUCUUCUUCAACCUCUUCCUUGAGCGGGCCAUCACCCUCAUCUCCUUCGUCAUGUACAGCUGGCACAAGAGACGGAGGAUCAAAGGCAGCCUGAGAAGGUCGGGGGAACGAGAGCGGGAAGAAGAGGAGGAAGAGGAGGAGUGGAGGCCAUCUGUAUACUACGUCACCCUCAUCCUGGGUGCCCUGGCUCUGCUGGUGGCCUGCAGCGCCUCUGGUCUCUAUUCCGCGGUCGAGGGCUGGGACUACUUUGAGUCCAUGUACUUCUGCUUCGUGACCUUCAGCACCAUGGGCUUCGGGGACCUGGUGAGCGGGCAGAGGGAGUGGUACCACGCCAGGUGGUUCUACCAGGUGGGCAACAGCCUGGUGAUCAUGCUGGGCGCCUGCUGCACCUACUCGCUCUUCAACAUCAUGUCCGUCAUCAUCAAGCAGGCGCUGAACUGGAUGCUGGCCAAGCUGCUGUGUCUGUGGCGGGGCUGUGGGGCGUGCGGUGAGGGGGGUGAGGAUGAGGAGGGAGCGCCAGGGGUCCGGCUGACCGCCACCCGCCACGGGAGGCACUGGAGCUUCAGCGUGGUCCGGUUCGCCCCCGCCGCCACGCCCAGGGGCAAGUGCCUGUGCGCCGGCUCAGGGGUGGACACGGUGUGUAAGACGGAGGAGAGGAGGGGGGCCGAGAGGGACACGGAGGGCCACAGAUGCAGGAGGCCCGGGGAGGAGGUUGUGUCAGGAGCAGGUCCAGGGAACCUCCGUGCACCUGGAGGCCACAGGUGCACUCAUACCUUUGCGCGCCAAAGCAGCCUGCCUGAGGGGGUGGGAGCAAUCGCAAUGCUGAAUAACCGACUGCAGGAGACCAGAAUCAAUAUGUAG